AUGAAAUGUGCUACCUGGAACAUCAGGGGGCUUAAUGAACCCCUGAAACAAGCUGAAGUCAAGAGACUGCUUGCUAAGAAUAAUAUAGCUUUGGCUGGAAUUAUUGAAACCAGAGUUAGAUUUGCUAAUAAAGAUAAAGUUUGGAGGAAGAUGAAUCUGCAAGGAUGGGAUAAAAUUGAUAAUUAUACUCAUUCUGAUUUAGGCAAAAUUUGGAUUAUCUAUGAUAGGUCCAGAGUUAAAGUUAGUUUUAUUGACUCCACAGAUCAGGUGAUUCAUUGCAGUAUUGAGAGUGAUGAUAAUAAGUUUACUUGGACUGUGAUUUAUGGUUCAAACCAUUUAAAUGAUAGACAAAAGCUUUGGCACAAGAUUACUGAUAUGUCCAUGAAUACUGAAGGGGCUUGGAUACUUGGCAAUAGCAGAAUCUGGAGAAGAUUGGAUAGGGUUUUUGCUAAUGGGGACAUUUGCGACACCUUCCAACAUGCUUACUUUGAAUCCCUCCCCAAUCCAAUUUCUGAUCAUAGUCCCAUCAUCACCUACCUGCAUAACAGCCAGUGCAAGGAAAAGAAUAGUUUUAAAUUCUUUAACUUUUGGUCUAUCCACCCUGAGUUUAGGAAAAUUGUUGAAGAUGAAUGGAGCAAAAGUUAUAAUGGGCACUACAUGUACCAAUGUGUGCAAAAGCUUAAGGCUAUGAGCUUUAGUCUCAGCAAGUUAAACAGACAACACUUUUUUGAUAUAUCUCAAAAAGUUAACAUUCAGAGAUCUAAUCUAGAGAAGCUGCAGAUUGAUAUUCAAAGAGAUCCUUCAAAUCACCUGCUUAUUGAUGAAGAGAGAGCUAUGGCUGUCCAUUUCAGAUUCUUACUUAGUUGUGAGGAAAGCUUCUAUAAACAGAAGUCAAGGAUCCAAUGGCUUAAUCUUGGAGACUCCAACACAAAGUACUUUCACAAUUCAGUUAAGCAGAGAAUGAUUACAAACUGUAUUCCUCUUAUCAAGUUGGAAGAUGGUAGUAUUAUCAGUAGUAAAGAGGAGAUUCAUAAAGAAAUUACUAGAUUCUACUCUAACCUGUUCAGGAGAGAGGAUACUACUAGAAGUCACAUUGACAGCAACAGGUUCAGAACUGGAAUCACCCUUACUGAUGAUGAAGGGACAAAUUUACUGAACAGAAUUACUGAAAUGGAAGUCAAGAAUGCAGUCUUUUCCAUUUGCUCUGACAAAGCAGCUGGUCCAGAUGGCUUCAAUGGCCAUUUCUUCAAAGUUACUUGGGAUAUUACUAAAGAUGAUUUGGUGAAAACUGUCCAGGAGUCCUUCAAUUCAGGUACUAUUCUCAGACAACUUAACUCCACUGCUAUUACAGUUAUUCCUAAAACCUCCAAUGUUGAUAGUCUCCCUGAUUUCAGACCAAUUGCAUGCUGUAAUGUUUUAUAUAAGAUUAUUUCCAAAGUCAUUAUUGGCUUAGCCCUUUUGCUUUGUAAAAUUGUGGCCCCAAACCAGUCUGCCUUUGUUCCAAAUAGGUCCAUAGCUUACAAUAUCAUGUUGGCUCAUGAACUUGUCAAAAACUACCACACAAACAAAGAAUACCCUAGAUGCCUUCUUAAAAUAGACCUUAAAAAAGCCUAUGACUCUAUUUCCUGGGAUUUUAUAGAGGAAAUUCUUAUAUCUCUUAAUUUUCCUGAUAAAUUCAUUGCCCUUAUCAUGAGUUGCAUCAAAACCCCUAGUUAUUACAUUGCUUGGAAUGGUUGUAAUUGA